UUUCACAACUUUGUUUUAUUACUACACGCCGUUUUGUAUCCACUGACAACAUAAAAUCAAUACGAAUUUUACUGUUGAUAAUUUAGGAGUUUUUCGUCCAUUUUCACAGUAAAACAGCAAGAUGCCAGCCAAGAAGAAGAAGUCUGGGAAGAUGUCCAAGAUGACAGAGGAGGAGAGAUUGGCAUAUGAGGAACAAAAACGUCUUGCUGAAGAAGAAAUGAGAAAAAAGAAAGAAGACAUGCUUACACAGUUCUUAAAGGAUAAACUAACUAAAGAAGAGCGUGCCACAAGAUUCAACUUAAACAAACUCAACCAUCAAUGGCGUAACAUCAUGAGAGAAGCGAAGUCGAAAGAGCUGAAAAAAGACAUUGAGAUUCUUAGUCAGACAUUUGAGCGUGUUGUAGACAGAAAGGAUGCGGUAAUUAAAUCCCUCGCCAAAGAUCUUAUGGAGGCAGAGGAGCAAUAUGCUAUGGCCUUGAGAAGUCAUCUACAAAAUAUUGAUAACCUUAUAGAUUUACAAAAGUCCAGAUUAGAUAAGUUAAAGAGCGAGUAUGAAGAUGAACUUGAGAUAAUAAAGGAAGAGUUUGAUACAGAGAGGGCAAUCAUGGUUGACCAACAUAACACAGAGAUGAAUGAUAUAGCUGACAUACUGUUUGCUAUGGAACAAAACUUCCAGGAGAGAGAAGCUGAGGCUAAAGGAGAAUUCCAGAGCAUGAGAGAUGAAAUCAAGAAUAAGAAUCUAGAGGAGAAGCAUGCACUUCGUGUACAGUUAGAACAAAAAGUUGACAACUUGUGGAUGCAAUUCAGAGAUGCCUUACAGAACUAUAAUAUGACCACAGAGGAGAGAAAAACUGCAUUUGAAGCUCUAAAAGUGAAGGAUGAAAGAAGUGCAAAAGAAAUAGAAUCACAGAUGAGAAAAUUGCAGAGAAUAUCAGAUCAGAUAGCAGCAUUGAAAUCUAAGAUGGCUACAAAUGCAAAAGAAUGUGAGGAGAGAAACAAGAUGUUGAAAGAGGAACGUGAAAAGAUGUUGAAACAUUUCCAGGAACUUAAAGCACAGAUGAACAAAGUACGAGAAGCUGAAAGAGACAAACUUACUAAAGUAACACUGGAAAGUAACUCUGCUAUCAAAGAAGUUAAGAGACAAAAUGAUAAAGUUGAGCAGAUAUUGAAGGUGGCAGAAAUGUGUCGUAAGCUGGAGACAGAAGAAGAGAAAGUUCUGCCAUUCUACGCCUCGUCUCUUACUAAAGAUGAGCAGGAAGAUGUUGAUGUAGCUGUCAUGGAAGUCCCAUCUGAACCACUAGCAAAUGCAAUGCAUGAAUACACGAGCCUAGAAAACUUCUGGAAACGUCACAACAAAGUUCUUCUAGAUAAGUUAGCACUAGACAAAGAGAAGCAAACAUUGAUGGGAGAGAACCAGCAGUUACGUACCUUGUUGAAACAAUAUUUGGAUGGUAUUUCUGUCAAUGAUGAAAUCAUCAGCCAAGUGAACCCAUUGUUUAUCGUCAACAACAAAACAAAUGUCAAGUUAAAUGUACCAGUUCAUGACCCCAGAAUACGUCGACCAGCCGCUCAGACUGUUGUAGAAGCAGCACAUGUGAUCAGACACACAAUGCCUUCAUAAAACACCAUCCUGAACUCUUUUAUAUGAACUUUGUCUACUAUGUUAGUAUGUUAACAAACUGUGUUUGUUACAAUUGUGUAAAAAAAAACUGUGAUAAUUAUGGAAGUUUUCAUUUUAUUAUGUAAUGUAUGUUUAAUUUUGUUGUCAACAAUAAUCUUCAGAGCAUUUAGUUUUAAGAUUCCUCUGUUUCAAAAUACACCCCUUAUAUGAAACAUGAUUGUGCAGGGAAAAUAUUGAAAAACACAGACCUUAUUUGUCUUCGAGAGACUUCACUUUCAAUAUACAUUAAUAAGUGAUAUUAUAUACUAAACAAAAACUAUUUAUAUUUGUUACUGAAUUGUUGAUGUAUUUUUAUUUCAGUGUAAGAUGAAAAUAAACUUAUAAAAGAUAAA